AUGUGCUGUGGUCCAGAUGCAGAGCAUGUGUGGUUCAGCAACCGUCGCGCGCGCCUGCGCAAGCAGCUGUCGUCGAGUGCAAGCAGCUACGGCUCGAUGGCGCUUCCAGGCUCCUACCCGGCCACGUCGUACAUGCUGCCCCAGGGGCUGCCCGACUCCUUCGCCUCCACGUCCGCCGCACAAGCGUGUUCGCACUCGCCGCCGCCCGCGCGCCAUCAAGAGCUGGCGAACGGCGCAGUCAGCGCCGCGGCGGCGGCGCUGCAAGGUUUAUCCGGCCACUUCGGCCACAAUGGGCGGCCAUCAACGGACUACCCCGCGCCCAAGGCGGCGGCGGCGGCGGCGGAGGCGGUGGGACGAUAUGGGCCAAGGGACUUACACUCGAGAGCCAUGCAGCCCUACUGUGACAUGGGAGGCGGCGAGGGCGUCUACUCGCUAUACUACCCGAAUCGAAAUAUGAAUGCCCACGGGUUGGACAAGAGUGCGAAAUUCCAUUCAACGUUCUCUAAAUUUCCAGAAGUCUUCCCCGUGUCCGAUCAUCAUUCGGCUGCAUUGUACUCAACACACCAUCACCAAGCCACGGCUAUGCUGCCCGCUAUGGGAGGCCCGCCAACGUCAUACGCCACGCCUCUGCCAUCGCAGAUGCCGUGCAUGGGAGCGGCGUCCGGGGGAGCGCACCAGCUGGGGCAGUCGGUGUCGCCCAAUAUGGCCGGCGGGUACGCGGCGCCUCCCGCCUCCGCCCACCAGGUGCCGCCCGGCAGCCUCGCCCUCGUCGGCCCA